CCCCAAGCUAAUCCGAUCAUUUCAUGGCGUGGAUAGCCGGCAUAUGGGGACCAUCGCUCUGGCAAAGUCGUGCGCCGACUUGUAAUCAUCGGGCAUAUGGAACGCCUUGACCUUGAAAGCUUGACGCCGAGGUCCAUCGAUGCGACGGAGCAGCGUGAGGACUUGGCGCGCGCAUCAACCGGCUUUAUAGUUAUAUGGCAGCGAAGAGCACAACUAUUGGUGGCAUCUGACUUAGCGCAGCUUUGAUAUGGACCGCACGGGGCAGUGCUUACACAGAGAUAACAGUGGGAAUGGAAGAAGGUUUGGUCAAGCAAACCUUGUAGUACGCAAGCUACUUAACCUAACGGCCACCCCCCGCGCUCCCCCUCCCCCAGCACCUGUAUACGGGGUUCCUCUCAUAGGUCAACAGGUCAUGCAGAACGUUCUUCUCUCCAUUGGCAGGUCGAGACGCAAGAAAGCACAACCACGCGCCACCGGCAUAUCCGAUCGCAUUCCUAUCGAAAUCUACGAGAAAGUCAUCGAACACAUGGACCGGUCUAUGCUGCCCAGUGCCGCAUUGAUUUCCCGAGCAUGGUAUCCUCGCGCCGCUUUCUGCCUCUAUUACACCGUCGUCAUCGCAUCACGCGCGAGCUACGACUUGCUGGUGAGGCAGCUACGCAUGUCGUCCCGUGUCCAGCGAUGGCUACAGUCCACACAUAUCGCAGUGAUCGAGGACAGUUUGCAACACCGGGGCGGUAUCCCCUUCCUGGACGCCUUCCCUCUGGUCUUCGGCCAUGUAUGUCUCGCCCUGCAGGUACUCGACAUCACUCACAUUCUGCGUCCGGAUAUGGAUCCGACUUUCCAUCGGGCGCUACGCCAGUUCAAGCACAUCGUGUCGUUACGCCUGCAUGAAGUCAAACUGAGCAACAUUGCCCAGUUGCGACAAAUUGUCUGCGCGUUUAUGUCUUUGGAGGAGCUGUUUUGGAAAACGUGCUAUUCGUCCAGCCACUACUACCGCACACCGCCGGUGCUAGGCUCCAAGAUGACCUUUCACGUUUCCGGGAUUCCUGCAACAUUCGGCUCAAGCGACUCCGAGUCAAAGUGUACUCCGAGCAAUACGUACAGACGUUCGGAUGCAUGACCGAUUGGCUUGUAUGCUCGGGGAUCUGCAGCUCUCUGGUCGAACUGGUGGCUCUGGUGUCGAUCCGCCGCAGCCGGAAUAUGGACCAUGCCGCUAAGCACAGUUUAAUCGGCUCCUCGAGAUCUCGGGGCAGUCUCUGACCUCUUUCCAUUGCCAAUGCUUUCUGCAACUCCAUGAUUAUUCUCCU